UCAUUUUCCGGUCAGCGCUCGAGUCCCGCCCCACCGAGUCUGUGCCAUCUUGUGCUUAGCAAGAACAAAAACGGUGUCAGGAACAAGUCCAGCCUGGAGGGACGGGGCGCAGAUUUUAGCUUGAAUUUUAAGGGUAUAAUUUAAAAGGAAGGUUUGACGGGGCAGUAUGCUUGGACGUGCGACACCGCGGAGAAACAGCAGCCACACCCCGCAGAAGAGCCACCGUUAACGUUUAAAGCAAAGCUAGUCAAUUAGCUCAGGCUAGUAACCGUUAGAGAGGCAACUGGCGAGCUCAAAGUUUCCAUUUGACCCAGCUGAACGAGCCGCCGUUAACCAAUUUAUACUCUCUAAACAUCCGGAGGAACGCCUGUGGAAAUGGAGCAAACGUCGUGUUGAUCAUCUGCCGUGAGGAAACCCGGGCUAUGAGGAUUGAGGCUCGCUAGCUCGGCUGCUAACAGUUGUUUUUCGGUCCGGAGCGGAACCACAAUAAGCCGCGGCCCUGGCCAUGCCCUCGAGUGCACGGGCGGGCAAUCUGAAGGACCCGGAUGUGGCAGAUCUCUUCUGCAAAGAUGAUCCGGAGAAGCUAUUUGCUGACCUCCGUGAGAUCGGCCACGGCAGCUUCGGAGCCGUCUACUUUGCCCGAGACGUGCGCAACAAUGAGGUGGUGGCCAUCAAGAAGAUGUCAUACAGCGGCAAGCAGACGAACGAGAAAUGGCAGGACAUCAUUAAAGAGGUGAAGUUCCUACAGAAACUUCGCCACCCCAACACCAUCGAGUAUCGAGGAUGUUACCUGAAAGAGCACACAGCAUGGCUGGUGAUGGAGUACUGCCUCGGCUCGGCCUCAGACCUCCUCGAAGUUCACAAAAAGCCACUCCAGGAAAUUGAAAUAGCUGCUAUUACCCAUGGUGCACUGCAGGGAUUAGCAUAUCUUCACUCUCACAAUAUGAUUCACAGGGAUGUGAAAGCAGGAAACAUCCUGCUGACGGAGCCCGGUCAGGUCAAACUGGGGGACUUCGGCUCAGCCUCCAUUGUGGCUCCAGCCAACUCCUUUGUGGGGACUCCAUACUGGAUGGCUCCGGAGGUGAUCCUGGCCAUGGACGAGGGCCAGUAUGACGGCAAGGUGGACGUCUGGUCGCUGGGCAUCACCUGCAUAGAGCUGGCGGAGAGGAAGCCCCCACUGUUCAAUAUGAAUGCUAUGAGUGCCUUAUACCACAUCGCGCAGAAUGAAAGCCCCAUCCUUCAGUCCAACCACUGGUCUGAUUCCUUCCGCAACUUUGUUGACUCUUGCCUACAGAAGAUUCCCCAGGACCGGCCUACCUCGGACGUGCUGCUGAAUCAUCGCUUCUUGUGCCGUGAGCGCCCGCUGACGGUCGUCAUGGAUCUGAUUGCACGAACCAAGGAUGCAGUGCGAGAACUGGACAACCUGCAGUACCGCAAAAUGAAGAAGAUCCUCUUCCAGGAGACCCAGCAGAACGGCCCCGUGUCAGAGGGAGGAGAGGAUGAGGAGGAGGUGGAGCAGUAUCUGUUGCGGACCGGCACAGUCAACAGCAUGGAGAGCUCCCAGUCGGUGCCCAGUAUGUCCAUCUCAGCCAGUUCCCAGAGCAGCUCCGUCAACAGUCUGGCCGACGCCUCCGACGACAGCAGCAGUGAGAUGGCCAUGAUGCAGGAGGGCGAGCACACGGUCACCUCCAACAGCUCCAUCAUCCACCGACCCACGGGUCAGGACAACAUCUAUGAUGAUCCUUACCAGCCGGAGAUGGAUCAACCCCAGGCUCCCUCUGCUGGCCGCCGUCGAGCCUACUAUCGCAACCGCGACCACUUCGCCACCAUCCGAACCGCCUCUUUGGUGACCCGUCAGAUCCAGGAACAUGAGCAGGGCUCGGCGCUGCGGGAGCAGAUGUCUGGAUACAAACGCAUGAGGCGGCAGCACCAGAAGCAGCUGAUGGGGCUGGAGAACAAGCUGAAGGCGGAGAUGGACGAGCACCAGCUGAAGCUGGACAAAGAGCUGGAGAACCAGAGGAACAGCUUCUCCACUGAGGCCGACAAGCUGGGCAAGAAGCACCAGGCCAUCCUGGAGAAAGAGACGAAAGCAGCUCUGGCAGAAGAGAAGAAGUUCCAACAGCACAUUCUGGGCCAGCAGAAGAAAGAACUGACCAGUUUACUGGAGUCACAGAAACGCCAGUAUCGCCAGCGCAAGGAUCAGCUGAAAGAGGAGCUGAACGAGAACCAGUCGACUCCGAAGCGUGAGAAGCAGGAGUGGUUGAUCCGUCAGAAGGAGUGUCUGCAGCAGAUGCAGGCGGAGGAGGAGGCCAGUCUGCUCAGGAGGCAGAGGCAGUACUACGAGCUGCAGUGUCGCCAGUACAAGAGGAAGAUGCUGCUGGCUCGCCACAACCUGGAGCAGGAUCUGCUCAGAGAGGACCUGAACAAGAAGCAGACUCAGAAGGAUCUGGAGUGCGCCAUGCUGCUGCGGCACCACGAGUCCACCCAGGAGCUGGAGUUCAGGCAGCUGAGCUCGGUGCAGCGAACCCGGGCCGACCUCAUCCGGACGCAGCACCAGACCGAACUGACCAAUCAGAUGGAGUACAACAAACGGCGAGAGCAAGAACUCCGGCAGAAACACGCCAUGGAGGUCCGGCAGCAGCCCAAGAGCCUCAAGUCCAAAGAGCUGCAGAUCAAGCGUCAGUUCCAGGAAACCUGUAAGAUCCAGACUCGUCAGUACAAAGCCCUGCGCAACCACCUGUUGGAAAGCACUCCCAAAUCCGACCACAAGGCCGUCCUCAAACGCCUCAAAGAGGAGCAAACACGUAAGCUGGCCAUCCUGGCCGAGCAGUACGACCACUCCAUCAACGACAUGCUGUCCACACAGGCUGUGAGUAAGCUGCGGCUGGAUGAGACCCAGGAGGCGGAGUACCAGGUGCUGCGGAUGCAGCUGCAGCAGGAGCUGGAGCUGCUCAACGCCUACCAGAGCAAGAUCAAGAUCCACACCGACACUCAGCACGAGCGAGAGGUGAAGGAUCUGGAGCAGAGGGUGUCCAUCCGCCGAGCGCUGCUGGAACAAAGGAUCGAGGAGGAGAUGCUCUCUCUGCAGAACGAACGUUCAGAGCGGAUCCGGACGUUGCUCGAGCGUCAGGCUCACGAGAUCGAGGCCUUCGACUCGGAGAGCAUGCGUCUCGGUUUCAGCAACAUGGCGCUGACCGGCAUCCCGGCCGAGGCCUUCAACCAGGGCUACCCGACCCCCAGCCCCUCCUCGGGCUCCAGCGGCUGGCCGUCGCGCCCCGUCCCCCGCUCGGGGAGCCACUGGAGCCACAGCGUGCAGAACUCGGUGGCGACUCCGUCCUGGCGCAGUCAGAACCACGGCGGAGGAGGCUUCAGCCGGGCCGAGUCCAUCACCUCCUCCCACGCCCUCGGCAGGGACAGCGAGCUGAGCAAGAGUGGCCGGGGCCACCCCUCCUCUUCCUCCUCCUCCUCCUCCUCUCACCACCAGCAGCACUACCUCCCCCAGCACUACCAACACCACCAGAGCACGCCGCACCUGUACCGCGAAAGCCACGACCGCCAUGACGGCAGGGAGCGCGAGCGGGCCAGGGAGUGGGUGGGAGGAGGGGGCCACUACUCCCAUCACUCCCAGGGCCACCACCACCACCAUCACCACCACCUCUCCUCCCACGCCUCCUCCCAGUCCCUGGCUCUCCUGCCUCCCCCGCCUCCACCUCCCCCCAUCUCCCUCUCCUCCUCCUCUCCUCCUUCCUCUGCCUCCUCUUCUUCAUCAUCUCAAGGAGGCUACGGAGGCGGGGGCCUCGCUGUCAGGGGCCCCAGUCUGAUGGCCCUCAGGAACAGCCCCCAGCCCCUGCGCAGGACGGCCUCCGGUGGUCCGGGGGGCGGCGGCAGCGACGGAGGGCUCAGUCGGAGCACAUCGGUCACUUCCCACAUUUCUAACGGAUCUCACCUGUCGUACUCAUGAAGCCGCCGGCUUCUCCUCGCCGCUCUGAUCUGUGAGCGUCGUUCUGCGUCUGUGAGAAACAAACAGGGCUACAAGCUGCUUCAGCUGAAGCGAGCAGACAGAAGUAGAACGAGGCUCAUCUAACAGAGCGAAAGGGAGGAAGUGGUUAGGUUACAUUUUUUAGAUCUUUAAGAGGCUUCACAGAUCUGACGCAGAGCAAAUCGAUCAUUUUAAAAAAAAAAAAAAAAAGCAAAGCCCCUGAUUUAGAGAAUUGAAUUUUUAUAUCUCCUUUCUCGAAGUGUGUCGGGACUUUUAACAGUUCUUGAUGCACAAGAAAAGAAAGAGAGGAUACCCUUUCCUUUUUGGUUUUUGAGUCACUACAGAAUAAGCAGCAGCGUUUUAAUAAGAGAGCUCUGUGUGGAAGAGUCGGACUCUUCUUCAAACCGAUGAAACAAAAUCCAAAAAUAUAUAAAAAUAAAAGUGGCUAAAAUCUGAAUCGGAUAUCAUGUCCACAUGUGAAAAUGAGCCAUGUGUUGCAGAAUGAACAAGUCGCAGCACGUGAGAUCCAACGAAAAACAAAGCUUGAGUACAUUUGUUCAUUCUGUAACACAUUGAAUCCAUUGCACAGUAUUGACUUUGUGCUGAGACAGUUUUAACUGCCUGUUGGAUCAUUCUGAGAGGUUCAGGUGUUUAUCGUCACAGCAGGUUUCACCUUUAAGGUUUAAAUGGAUGUUUUUUUUUGGUUUUUUUUUCGGGUUUCCAGUUUGGAUCUUUGCAGGUAUCUGAACCGAGCGAAAGUUGUGGAGCUUCCACUUGGCUAGCGGUGCUUUAAAAACCACUGUAACUAUGUAAAUAACGGUAAAUUGUAAACCCAGUUUUUGAUUUCUAUGUGUUUCAUACAUUCAGUGGGGGCCGGGGGGGGGGGGGGGGGGGACAGCACAGGAGUCGACCAAGGGAAGAUUUCUUGAAAACACAUUUCUUUUAUUUGUAGUGAUAAGAUUCUGUAUAUGACAAGUACAAAAAACAAAAAAAACACUGCCAUCUUCUUUGUUGGGCUGACCCAAGACAACUCUACCACUGCCCUUUAAGUCUUCUUAAAGAAACACGCAGACGGUUUGGGGAAUGUUUGCUGUUUUAACUGGAGUCAGAGGAGAAGAUCAGUUUAAACUCUGAGUGUUCAGUACAGACGCUGCUCCAAGGAAACGAUCAGUGUUUCCCAAAGCCCAAGAUGAUGUCACCAAAUGUGUUGUUUUGUCCACAACAACAAAAAUAUACAGUUUA